UUUUAUAUGGAGUUUGACAGUUGUCACUCGUUCGACAGCGGAUUUUCGUCAACUCAGUACUAUGCAGCUGACUCUUGUCAGCUGAUGGACCCGAGCUUUUAGCUGCCAAAAAGCUUUGUGCGCGAUUUCUACAGAAGAGCUUUCGUAACCAAUCAAACUCCGACUUAGUUCAGCUCUUGAUUACUAACGUGUGCAAAUGAAUCGAAUUGGCAACAGCAAUUGACUACUAGAAUCGGUGCAGUACUCCAUUGGGUUCCGGCAUGCAAGCGCCCAUCUCCGACUGGCAGGAAAAACUGUGAAAAUCUUAAGGAACACCUAUCAGCGCCCACGCAGCAAUGUCAACAGAGAGCAACACGCCCGUGGAUCCGAGGGUGCAGGUCGAACUGGAGAAGCUGAACACUGCCACCGACAACAUUAAUCGGUACGAGGUGGAGCUCGACGAGGCCAAGUGCGAGUUCAAGCGCCUGCUGGCGGAAAGCGUGGUGCGGAUCAAGGCCUCCGCCCACAAGCUGGGAAACUCCAUUGACGCCGCCAAGCCCUACUACGAGUCCCGCAUCUACGCCGCACAACUGGCCAAGGAGACGCAGCAGGCGGCCGCUGGCCAUGAAAAGGCCAAGUCCAUCCAUGCUGCCGCCAAAGAGAUGGUCUAUCUGGCCGAGCAGGGUCUCGGCGAGAAGGCCACGCUGGACACCGCCUGUCAGGAGAUGCUCAGCCACGCAGCCAGUAAAGUGAACCAGUCCCAGCUGGAGGUCACCGACACCAGGAACACCCUCAAGAUGUGCCAGCUUAAGCUGGAGGUGGCCAACAAUAGGGUCGGCAAGCUGCAGGGCCAGCUCAAGCAGGCCCUGCGUGCGUCCAGAUUGCAGCUCAAGAGCAAUUUACUAUUAUUGAGAUAUUUUAGCAUAAUGCACGCUUUGUAUUGUACACUAUGUUCGCCCUACUACGAAACACGAGCGAACUACAAUGGACUCCUGAAGGCCCAGAAGACGCGCAUUAACGAGCUGGAAGCGAAGGUCAGUGCGGCGAAGCUCACCUACAACGAGGCACUCAAGAACCUCGAGCAAAUCUCCGAGGACAUCCAUCGCCAGCGCCAGCAGCGCAACAACCUGCUUAACUACGAGGCCAUGCUUCGGCAAGUCGACGCCGUUGACGCACUGACGGCGUGCCUAAAAUCCGAUGCGGAUGCGACCCCCCAGGCACGGGACGGGAAGGCGGAGCCCGAGGAGGAGGAAGAGUACCUGCGCAUGCCGGAGCGCCUGGGCGGCAAUCCGGCCACUUCGUCCCGCGAAUCGCGCUCUGAUCCGCACGACUGUCCGCACUUGCUGUCGGACUUCGAUGCGGUGCUCACCUUUCCGCAAAAGUUGGCGGGCGGGAUGCAUAAGUCAGCCAGUACUAGUGCAGCUGACCGGGAUUCCGGGUCGUUUUCGGCCCAUGCCCAGGGACUGCACGCGGCCUACGAGGUCAAGCUCAGCUCCCAGGCUGGCAGUGGCUCCCUGGAAUCUGCCUCCGGCUCGGUGUCUGGCGCGGCAGCUCCGGUGGACAACGACAUCGAUCAGUGGACGGAGAUCCGAUUGUCGCACUCGGACAGCACUAGCUCCAGCUACUCGAACCAGUCCCUGCUGGAUCAGCAUGGCCUGGACUGUGCGACUGGCAGCGGCCUCGGCAGUUUCGAGCAAGGCCGAAGUCAUUUCGACGCGGACAGUCAGUCACAGAACUCAACCUCCUCUUCGGACGAGCCCAAGCGUAAGGUGACGUGCACCACGAUAUUCCAGGACGACAACGGCGGCUCCGGGAUGCAACAGAUGAGCCGUAAGGCGAGCCUGAGCCAGUGGCUGUCCCGCUCCAAUAGCUUCAAGAGCGGCGGUCGGCGUCAGAGCCUGGACCUGCUGAUCGACGCUGGUGAUAAAGUGAAAGACGUGUUCAGCUAUGGAUUCCAGAGGGUGGGACGCACCCUGGAGCGGCGAAACAGCGAGUCGGAGGUUGCUGGCGAGGGAGGCGCUGAAGGUGAAGCUCUUCUAGGCGGAGGCACUGUGGCUGCCAUGACGAUAUCCAGUGGCAGUGGCGCAACCACCGGCGGAGGCGGUGCUCUUGGAGGAGGAGGAGGAGGCAGCAGCUCCAGUGGGGGUGACUUUUUCCUCUUUAGCAGAUCGUCAGAACCCAAAGAACUGUUGUCCGAUGAGCAGGUCGAGAAUUUACUGUUGAAUCACACAGUGGAUGAAAACGGUGUCAUUAUAGUGGAGGAACUCAAGUCGCCAACGACUAUAACAACACACCAAUUCCAGCAAUAUCAAGACAAACAACAUUUUCAGAAGCAGCAGAAACAGCAACAGCAACAUCAGAAAAACCAGCAGCAACAGCAGGCGCUAAACGUGGAAGGGGCUUUACUGUUUUAACACAAACGUUUGAUCCAUCUGGGAGGACAUUGAAUUGGACAUUAGCCUAGUAUAAAAGAGUCCUACAUCACACCUACACCCUCACACUUACAGCUACACCACUAACAUGGCAAUAUUUUACUUUAUGAGUACCCUUGCGUAAAGCACCAUAGUCGGAAGCGUAGCGUACAUAUCAUUGGACACAUCAACCACAGACCCCAGGCGUCGUGAGGAACUAUUAAUUGUUAAACAGUGGAAAACUGUUCUAACUUAUAUGUGCAAUAAUUUAUUAUUUUUAGAGACUUAUAAGGGACUUGCAUAACUUUAUGAUGUUGAAAAAUUUAAUUUAAAACUAAUCAUUAAACGAAAAAUCAGUAGACUUAGUGUGUUAGCUAAAUAUUCAUUGAGACCCACAAAUACUUCAGAUUGUACAAAAAAAUAAUUUUAAUAAAUAAUAAUGCGCAAGAAUCAAGUAAGCCAAGGACACUUGGCAUCCUAUAGGGUAAGAGGCAUCCCAUCUUAAUCGCAAUUGUUAAGGAAUAUUACAAAAUAAAACUAAUUUAUUCACGGUCCUCGUAACUUUCUUGUAACUCUUGUGCGUAUGAAAGAAAAUGUUGAAUAUAAAAAUUAAUACCUGCAUA